AUGGGAGGAGGCCAAAAGGGUCUGGAGACUGCGAUCGUGUGCCUACUCGUGCUGGGGCUGGUCCUGGAGCAGGUGCAAGUAGAGGGCGUGGAUUGCGGCGCAAACCCCUUCAAAGUGGCCUGCUUCAAUUCUUGCCUUCUCGGUCCUAGUACAGUGUUCCAGUGCGCAGAUUCUGUGCUUGUCGAGUCCCCGCUAACUUGGCCUCUGCACGCAGCUCCGAUUUGA